AUAAACACUUGUCAUAAUAAACAAUAGUCAUAAAAUUUUAUUUAAAUAUGCAAAUUGCAAUUGCAUUAUUAAAAGCUAUUUACGCCUUUUUAUAAAGUACUCCAUUUAAAAUUGCAUCCGAUUUUAUUUUGGUAACGUGCGUGCGUGUUCCAUGGAAAGAUGAAUCAACUGGAGAAGAAGGAACCGGUGCAGGCGAUCCUGAUUGGCGAUGGAUUCAACGAUUGUUUCGUUCCGUUUACCGACCGGAAACCGCUGUCACUCCUCUCGUUGGUCAACGUCCCGCUAUUGGACUACUCGCUGGAAUCGUUGAACCGCUCGGGCGUCGAAGAAGUCAUACUUUUCUGCGGCCACCAUGUCGACCAGGUGAAGGCGCACGUCAAAAUGCGCCAGGCCACCGGUUGCAGCUGGUCCAUCGGAAUGACGGUCACGAUCGUGAGCUCCGAGGGUUGUCGCUGCAUGGGUGAUGCCCUGCGGGAUCUGGACGCCAAAGGCCUUGUGCGGGGUAACUUUAUCUUGACGGGAGUGGACACGGUGACCAAUGCCAACCUGGCUGCCAUUCUGGAGGAGCACAAGCGUGCCGUCAAGGCGGACAAGGGUACUGCCAUGACGGUGGUUUACAAGGAAGGCGUUCCGCAGCAACGCACCGGAAACGAAGUUAUGAUAGCGAUGGAUAAGAACAGUAAGCGAUUGUUGUUCCAUCAGCGGCUUAAGCCGCUGCACAAGGAACGGAACUUUGUCAUUCCGUUGGAAAUUCUGACUCAGAAUAAGGACGUGACACUGCGACACGGGCUGAUGGAUCCGCAGAUUGCGAUUUGUAGCAAUACCGCGCUGCCACUGUUUUCGGACAACUUUGACUUCUUGACGCGUGAUGACUUCGUCAGGGGACUGCUCAUCAACGAGGAGAUUCUGGCCAGUACCAUUUACGUGAGUUUGCUAGCGAGUGAGGAGUACGGAGUGAAGGUCAAUAACUGGCAGAGCUAUCAGAUCGUGAGCAAGGACGUGGCCAAUCGUUACGUGUAUCCGCUGGUGCCGGAUAUGGGAGUUUGUGGGAACGUCUUGCGAUACUCAUUCUGCCGGAACAACAUCUAUCGGCAUCGGGACAUCAGACUGGCGAGGGGUAGUGUACUGAAGGCGGAUGUGGUGAUCGGAGAAAAGAGCGAAGUUGCUGACAAGACGGUCGUGGAGAAUUCAGUUUUGGGUAACGGGUGUAAAAUUGGAAAGGAUUGUCGCAUUAGCAAUUGUUUCUUGAUGGAUGGGGUGGAGGUUGGGGACGGAUGCACUCUGGAGCACAGCAUUUUAGGAGGUCAGGUAAAGAUUGGAGCCAAUUGCAACUUGACGAAUGGAUGCGUGUUGGGAGAAGAGGUGGAACUGCCGAAAGGGACGAAAGUUUCCAAACUAACUCUUCAAUCAUCCAAUCCUGAAGAUGACUGGACCGAAGGUUCGAAGCGAUUAGGGGACCGCGCAUUCACCGUUCCGGAUGCCAGCGAAGAGAACGAAGAUAUGCCGGACUCCGAGGAUGAAGAUGAUCAAAAUACGUUUAACCACUCGAUGCGACUUCAUCGACUGGAACGAAAGCAGGCACCGUCUAUUUAUAGCAGUUCUUCGGAAGAGGGUGAGUCUCGAGCUAUGUCUCCGGUACAGGAGGACGCCAACAUUUUCCUAUCGGAAGUGCUGGAGUCGCUCAAGCGUGGCUACUCGGAGAAAUCGAACCCGGACUAUUUGAUUCUGGAAAUCAACUCGUCUCGAUACGCGUACAAUAUGUCCCUGUCGGAGGUGAACUUCUAUGUGGUGAAAGCCAUUCUGCACCUGCUGAUAAUGCAGGAGAAUGCGACGAAAAAUGUGGUGGCCACCAUGGGUCAGCUGUUGGGCUAUUUCGGUUCGGUUUUCAAGAACUACAUCCGAGGUCGUGAUGCCAUGAUGGAUUGCUUGAAGGCGUUCGAGGAAACCAGCGAACAGGAGGAGUUGAUUCGCAGUAAAAUUGCUCAACUGGUGCAUUAUUUGUACGAGAAGGAUUAUAUCACGGAAGAGGUAAUUUUGGAGUGGUACGAGGAUUUGGAGGAUGAGGGGGACGCGACGGUGAAGAAAAGUCUAGCCAAGCUGGUCGAUUGGCUGAUGCAGUCCAGUGAAGAGGAAGAAGAUGAUGAUUAAAAAAAAGGUGAUGUAAUAAAGGACAUAGGUCCGAUGGUAACAUCAUUGAUAUUAAAA